ACACGUUACAAACAGCGCGAUCACUCGAAACGGCCAAUAGACAGGCAGCGGCCAUUGAAAACAACAACUACGAGGUUGAUCCCUCACCGCAACGUUCUACUCUCUGACGUUCCUACCUUCUACCGGAACUUUCUAACCUCAGACGCUCACAACGGCCGAGACGGUCUCUUGUUAUCGUUGUGGCGAACUCGGUCAUCGUACGUGCGAGAAAGCUCGCGUCAAAACGUGCAGUCGUUGUGGCAAAAAGAACCAUUUUGCCAAGGCGUGCAAAGGCAACGAACCGGCAAAGUUAACGAACUUGAAGAGACAACGCCUCAUACUGUUACGGCCGUCUUGCAAGCCCAAGCAUACAGCAGUGACGAAGAACUUUUCUGCAUUAAACAACUCGUGUCAGCAGGAAAUAAAGCACGAGUUGCAAUUCCCUUGAACGGAGUACCCACCCGGUUGCUGGUCGAUUCAGGCGCCAGUGUCAACAUUCUUCCGAUGAAUGUCUACAACCAAAUCAAGCAACCAAGCUCUAAGCCCAAGCCCACAUCGAUAUGUAUAUACUCCUAUG